GGCCUGGGGAACUUCCUUUCUAAGCUGGUCGUUGUAUCGGGCUCUCGUACCUUCAGUCGUUUAAGCCCAACUUCUCUUUCCUGCGUUCCAUGGCUAGACUCGUAUUGAAAGCCCUCGUGGGCAGCCUGGCCCUCGGGGCUGGGGCUGCUGCCCCGGUCGACCAUAUGCUAGAGGCCCGCAACUUUGCCGCCGAAGCUGGCCUAACUAUUACCGACAACUUCCAUGCGCUUCCGAGGAUCCGUCGGCCGCCUGGCCUCUCCCGGACCCUCGAUGUCCUCCGGCAGAACCGAAGGAACUACGCAUUGAUGAAUGAUAUUGGGGACGACGAGCCAGAAGGCGUAGACAAGCUCAGGGCCGAGAUGAACCAAGUCGAGUACAUCAUGAAAGUCGGCGUCGGAGCCGAGGCGUAUUACAUGAUCCCCGAUACUGGGAGCAGCGACACUUGGGUCAUCUCGGAAGGAUUCAAGUGUCUGGACCCCUCCUAUGGUAUCGAGGUACCUCAAGAGGAGUGCGGGUUCGGUCCCCUAUUCAGGGGAGAGUUUCCCGACGGCAGGAUCGACAGCCAGAACCUGAAUAUCUCGUACAUGAGCGGCGAAUACUUGAACGGGCCUAUGGGAUUUGCGAACAUCACCGUGGCCAACGUCACCGUCCCGAAGCAGCAGUUUGCCCUCGUCAACGUGGCCGCGUUUGGCGGUGACGGCAUCUCGAGUGGCAUCCUCGGCCUCGGCUUGCGUGGCCUCACCGCGUCCUUCACAGGCAACGAUCCCAGGAACGACAGCAUCGAUAACCUAGUCAACUAUUCCCCCCUCAUCGAGACGAUGGGGAAAAGCAAGGUUGCCGACCCUGUCGUCAGCUUUGCCAUGUCGCGAGAUGAGAACCGGUCCUUUAUCGCCUUCGGCGGCGUGCCGCCCGUCAAGACGGGCGAAUACACUGCCGUGCCGAUCCAGAAGCGAACCACGUAUAGCGGGAAGACCGACUAUUUCUACUACGACAUCAAGAUCGACUCGAUGUCGUGGAGCAGCAAGACGGUGAAGCAGACGGCCACGAACCUGCCCAACAUACUCGUCGACUCGGGCACGACGAUUAACCUGUUCCCGCGCCAGGUCGCCGCCGCCAUCAACCGCGCGUACUCGCCCCCCGGGCAGCAGGAGGAUAGCAUGAUCUGGAGCGUAGCGUGCGACGCCGUGCCGCCCGUCCUCGACAUCGUCAUCGGCGGUCGGCCCAUCCGCACUCAUCCCAGCAGCAUGAUCCUCCCCGAGACCGCGAUCCCCGGCACCAACAUCUGCCUCUCCGGCAUCGGCGCCGGCCAGUCCGGCUCCUACAUCCUCGGCGACACCUUCAUGCAAGAGAUCGUCGCCGUGUUCGACGUAUCUGACAAGAUGGAACUCAAGUUCGCCCAGCGCCUCGAUUAGGCGCGACCUAGGCCCCGGGGCUGCCGCUAGCGGAUGAUUCGGGGUUGGAAACGGGAAGAAUAGGGGGUGAAGAAAGCUUCGAUGUACUUAGGCCCGGGUUGACACCUCGUCGUACGAUAUGAUGCAAAUGCGAGCGUUUGGAUAUCGGUUGGGAGUGUUGAGAAGGCUAUUAAUAUAUAGAGUAUGCUCGAUCGCCAAGCAGUCUUAUAUGUAUACCGGCAAUCCUAGUUGUGUAAUGGAAAUCGGCUCCUAUCAAGGCGAGGCAAGCCGACCCGAGCACCGGUUAUACAGAUGCUACCACCAGGUGUCUUCCUACUGAG